GCGGGUAGAAACGGGAGCAGAAGUAACCGCGCGCGCGCGCGUGUGUGUAUGUGAGUGUAUGUGUGUGUAUAUGCAUGCAUGUGUGUUUGAGUGUGUAUGUGAGUGUGUGUGUGUGGAAAGAGAGGAAAAAAAAAAACAAACUCUGGAGAAAAGCCGCGAUACACGCGCUUGUGCUGACUAAAAAGCACCGAAUGCGGGAUUACACGGACGCUGGGAACAGCAGGAGCUUUUCUUCUCGUUUUUUUGGGGGAAUCGGAAAAUAAAGUGGAUUUUGUUCUCUCUCUCUCUCUCUCUCUGUCUUUUUUUUUUUUUUUUUUUUUUCUUAACGUCGCGAGCGCGGAGUUUCACGGUGCCACGGAGAGAGAAAUGCGAACAGCGAAGACCAAACCGGAGCCACGGUUUUAGCCUAUGAUUGCGUAAGAGCGAGGAAGGAAAGAGCGGCAUUGAGGAGGAGGAGGAGGAGGAGGAGGAAGAAGAAGAAGAAGAAGUGCCAACCUGGAACAUGGUGCCUCAUAUUUGCCCCUCAGUGCCCUUGACGCCUCGCUGGCUUUCUGUCCUGCUUCUGCUCGGCUGCACGGCCUUUCCCUCCCACGCCGACAGUUUGCCGAGUUUCAUCAAGUCGCCGGAGGACCAGACGGGGAUUUCGGGUGGCGUGGCGUCUUUCGUGUGCCAGGCGAUCGGCGAACCCAAACCUCGUAUCACGUGGAUGAAAAAGGGGAAGAAAGUCAGCUCUCAGCGCUUCGAGGUGAUCGAGUUUGAUGAUGGCUCGGGCUCCGUCCUGCGUAUCCAGCCCCUGCGCACGCACCGAGACGAGGCCAUUUACGAGUGUACGGCCACCAACAGCGCCGGAGAAAUCAACACCAGCGCCAAGCUCACCGUGCUGGAAGAGAAUCAGAUUCCUCCCGGUUUCCCGAGCAUCGAUAUGGGUCCUCAGCUCAAAGUGGUGGAGCGAACACGGACCGCUACCAUGCUCUGUGCCGCUAGCGGGAACCCCGAUCCGGAAAUUUCCUGGUUUAAGGACUUCCUUCCCGUCGACAUCAACAGCAGCAACGGACGGAUAAAGCAGCUUCGCUCAGGAGCUCUGCAGAUUGAGAACAGUGAAGAGUCGGACCAGGGAAAAUACGAGUGUGUGGCGACGAACAGCGCCGGGACGCGUUACUCCGCCCCCGCCAACCUCUACGUCCGAGUACGGCGGGUGCCGCCUCGUUUCUCCAUCCCGCCCAGUGAUCAGGAGGUGAUGCCAGGGGGCAGCACUAAUCUCACCUGCGUUGCCGUCGGAGCCCCGAUGCCCUACGUCAAGUGGAUGACUGGAGAAAUAGAGCUCACCAAAGAAGAGGAGAUGCCCGUAGGGCGCAACGUUCUGGAGCUUACCAACAUCCGCAAGUCGGCUAACUACACCUGCGUGGCCAUGUCUUCUCUGGGAAUGAUCGAAGCCACGGCACAAGUUACAGUCAAAGCUCUCCCCAAACCGCCUACGUCUCUGACUGUAACUGAAACGACGGCCACCAGCGUCACCCUGACGUGGGAUUCUGGGAAUCCGGAACCCGUCUCCUACUACAUGAUCCAAUAUCGCUCCAAAGCCUCCGACAGCAGCUACCAGGAAGUGGACGGCGUUGCCACGACACGCUACAGCAUCGGAGGGUUGAGCCCGUACUCGGAGUACGAGUUCCGCGUCAUGGCGGUGAACAACAUCGGCCGCGGUCCACCGAGCGACGCCGUAGAGACUCGCACCAGCGAACAGGCGCCUUCGUCUCCUCCGCUGCACGUGCAGGCACGCAUGCUGAGCUCUAGCACCAUGCUGGUGCAGUGGGAACCUCCGGAGGAACCCAACGGGCAGAUCCACGGAUAUCGUAUCUAUUACACUACGGAUCCGGAUGCGCAGCUCAGCGCCUGGCUGAAGCACAACACCGACGACAGCCGACUGACCACAAUCUCUGGAUUAAUCACUAAUGUCACGUACAGUCUCCGCGUCCUGGGCUUCACUUCUGUAGGAGACGGACCUCCAUCUGACGUCCUGCAGGUCAAAACUCAACAAGGAGUCCCGGCACAGCCUUCUGGAUUUGAGGCCGAAGUCGAACCCGACGCCAGGAUUGUGCUUAAGUGGCUUUGGCCUGUUCAAGAGCCGAUCACUUUGUACGAGCUGCAUUACUGGGAGUCUGGAUCAGACAAUAAGAUUCGUGUCACCUUCAUCCCGGCUGGGUCGUACGCCGUGGAAGGCCUGAAGCCAGACACUCUGUAUAAGUUCUCCCUCGCUGCGCGCUCCGAAAUGGGCCUGGGGGUCUUCACCAAGCCCAUCGAAGCCAGGACCGCUCAGUCCACACCUUCAGCUCCACCUCAGGACGUUCAGGUUCUCAGUCUGAGCUCCACCAGCAUUAAGGUGAGUUGGGUCCCGCCUCCUGCUGCCAGCAGGCACGGCGCUAUCGUUCGCUACACCGUGAGCUACCAGGCGGUGAACGGCGAAGACACAGAGCGGCACGAAGUGACAGAUAUUGGAGCGGACGCCACCAGCGUUGUACUAGAGGGGUUGGGGAAGUGGACGGAGUAUGUGGUGCGUGUGAGGGCUCACACUGACGUGGGGCCCGGGCCUGAGAGUGCUCCAGUACGCAUCCGAACCAACGAGGAUGUGCCUGGAGCUCCUCCUCGUAAGUUGGAGGUUGAAGCUAUAAACUCGACGGCUAUCCGUGUGACGUGGAAGCCGCCGCUCUCGGGAAAACAGCACGGUCAGAUCCGAGGAUAUCAGGUGAUUUACUCUCGGCUGGAGAACGGAGAACCACGAGGGCAUCCGAACAUCAUGGACGUAGCGCUGCCUGAAGCCCAGUGGAACAUUGAGGACACCACCGAAUAUGAAGCCAUCAUCUCUGGCCUGAUCUCGGAGACGUCGUACUCGGUUACGGUAGCGGCGUACACCACCAGAGGAGACGGAGCGCGGAGCAAAGCCAAGGUCAUCAAAACCACAGGAGCAGUUCCUGGCAAGCCCAGCAUGCUCAUUAGCAUCACAGUGGGCAACACCGCCCUCAUCCAGUGGCAGCCUCCGAAGGACAUGCCGGGCGAGCUGAUUGGCUAUCGUCUACGCUACAAGCGUGCGGAUGAGGAAUCGUUCACAGUGCAUAACUUCGGGAGCACGGAUGACCACUACACGGCGACGGGUCUCUUCAAGGGCGCCACCUACAGCUUCCACUUGAGCGCCAAGAACCGUGCAGGCACCGGAGAAGAGUUUGUCAAGAACAUCAGCACGCAGGAGGAAGUUCCCAGCGGAUUCCCGCUGAACCUGAGCGUGGUGGGACUGACCACCACAACCACCCGGCUUACAUGGGCGCCACCGGCCCCGGCGGAGCGGAACGGACGGAUCACUCAUUACGUCGUCGUUUACAGAGAUAUCAACAGCCAGCAGAACAGCACCAAUCGUACGUCGGACACACACAUGACGCUGCAUGACCUCCGACCUGACACCACCUACGACAUCCGCAUCCAGGCUUUCACCACCAAGGGGGGCGGACCCAUGAGCCCCAGCAUCCAGAGCAGGACCAUGGCCACGUCGCCAGCUUUCGCAACGAGUUUUGGUGUCAAAGCCGUAAUGAAGACAUCUGUCCUUCUGACCUGGGAGCUUCCAGAGAACUUCAAGUCUCAAGGGCUUUUUAAGAUUUUGUACAAUCAGCAGAGCGUGGAGGUUCAGGGCAACAUGAAGAGGAAGCUGAUCACAGGCCUGAAGCCCGACACUAAUUACUCGUUCGUGUUAAUGAGUCGAGGGAACAGCGCCGGCGGACUGCAGCAGCAGGUCUCCAUCCGAACUGCGCCGGAUCUCCUCAAAACCAAACCCGUCCUCUUCAAAACCGACGAGAACAACGGAGGAAAAAUCACCAUCAACCUUCCCAAAGUGGCGACUACAGCACCGAUCAGUUGGUAUUACAUCGUGGUCGUGCCGGGAUCGCUGACAUCAUCACGCAGGUGGGAAAAUCCGGAUGAAAUGGAGCUUGAUGAGCUUCUCGAGGUCGGCAAAGGUUCUCCGCCGAGGCACCGUCGUCGUCGGCGGUACACUGAAAUUCCGAGAGCGUACAUCGCCGCCAAGCUGGAAUACCUUCCCGAGACGUUCACGCUCGGAGAUGAGCAAAACUACAACGGCUUCUACAACCGCCCGGUGCCUAGCAACCAGCCGUACCAGUGCUUCGUCAUGGCCGAGAUGAAGGAGCAGCACCUUUCCAGCGCCAACGAGAAGCAGCGCGUUUUCUCCUCCAGCCCGUACUCGGACCCGGUGAUGGUGGAGAGCGGCAGCGUGGCUCGCAGCGUGGAUUCUCCUGAGAUGUUGUGGGUGAUGGGGCCGGUCCUCGCCGUGGUGCUCAUCGUCAGCAUCGUCAUCGCCAUCAUCCUCUUCAAAAGGAAGCGAGCGUCUCCGUUGCCUAAAGACGAACACUUGAGCGGGGUGAAGGACUCCCUCCUGGCUAACUCGUCUGAUCCCGUGGAAAUGAGGAGAAUCAACUAUCAGACGCCAGGAAUGAGAGAACAUCCUCCCAUCUCUGUGUGUGAGCUGGCAGACCACAUCGAGCGCCUCAAAGCCAACGACAACCUGCGCUUCUCGCAGGAGUACGAGUCCAUUGAUCCCGGCCAGCAGUUCACCUGGGAGAACUCCAACAUGGAGGUGAACAAACCGAAAAACCGCUACGCUAACGUCAUCGCCUACGAUCACUCCAGAGUCGUGCUGACCUCCGUGGACGGCGUUCCAGGCAGCGACUACAUCAACGCGAACUACAUCGACGGCUACCGCAAGCAGAACGCCUACAUCGCCACGCAGGGCCCUCUGCCCGAGACGCUCAGCGAUUUCUGGAGGAUGGUGUGGGAGCAGAGGACCAGCACCAUCAUCAUGAUGACCAGACUGGAGGAGAAGUCACGGGUGAAGUGCGACCAGUACUGGCCGGUUCGUGGAACGGAAACGUACGGAAUGAUCCAGGUGACCAUGUUGGAUACGGUGGAGCUGGCGACGUACAGCGUGCGCACAUUUGCACUUUAUAAGAAUGGCUCCAGUGAGAAGAGAGAGGUGAGACAGUUCCAGUUCAUGGCGUGGCCGGAUCACGGCGUGCCCGAGUACCCCACGCCCAUCCUGGCCUUCCUGCGCAGGGUUAAAGCGUGUAACCCUCCUGACGCCGGGCCCAUGGUGGUGCACUGCAGUGCCGGCGUGGGUCGCACCGGCUGCCUCAUCGUAAUCGACGCCAUGCUGGAGCGCAUGAAGCACGAGAAGACGGUGGACAUUUACGGCCACGUGACGUGCAUGCGCUCUCAGAGGAACUACAUGGUGCAGACGGAGGAUCAGUACAUCUUCAUCCACGAGGCGCUGCUCGAGGCGGCAACCUGCGGCGUCACCGAGGUUCCGGCACGAAACCUCUACACACACAUCCAAAAACUGAGCCAGCCGCCGCCCGGGGAGACCGUCAGCGCCAUGGAGCUCGAGUUUAAGAGGCUGGCCAACUCCAAAGCUCACACGUCACGUUUCAUCAGCGCCAACCUGCCGUGCAACAAGUUCAAGAACCGACUGGUGAACAUCAUGCCGUUCGAGUCGACGCGUGUGUGUCUGCAGCCAAUCAGAGGGGUGGAGGGGUCCGACUACAUCAACGCCAGCUGCAUCGACGGUUACAGACAGCAGAAAGCGUACAUCGCCACUCAGGGUCCUCUGGCCGAGACCACGGAGGAUUUCUGGAGGAUGCUGUGGGAGCACAACUCCACCAUCGUGGUGAUGCUGACCAAACUCCGCGAGAUGGGACGGGAGAAGUGUCAUCAGUACUGGCCGGCCGAGCGCUCCGCCCGUUAUCAGUACUUCGUGGUCGACCCCAUGGCCGAGUACAACAUGCCUCAGUACAUCCUACGCGAGUUUAAAGUCACCGACGCCAGGGACGGCCAAUCGCGGACGAUCCGCCAGUUCCAGUUCACCGAUUGGCCGGAGCAGGGCGUGCCGAAGACGGGCGAGGGAUUCAUCGAUUUCAUUGGCCAAGUGCAUAAAACCAAGGAGCAGUUCGGCCAGGACGGACCAAUCACUGUGCACUGCAGUGCGGGAGUGGGCAGGACCGGAGUGUUCAUCACUCUCAGCAUCGUUCUGGAGAGGAUGAGAUAUGAAGGAGUGGUGGAUUUGUUCCAGACGGUUAAAACUCUGCGCACUCAGAGACCUGCCAUGGUGCAGACUGAGGACCAGUACCAGCUGUGUUACCGAGCAGCUCUGGAGUAUCUGGGGAGUUUCGACCACUAUGCAACGUAACACUGCGGGACUUCAGCUACCGGGAACAACAACAGAAAAAAAAAAAGAAAGAAAGAAAAACACUUCAGAGUGUGUGUGUGUGUGUGUGUGUGUGUGUGUGUGGCUCACAUCUCACACACACACACACACACAAACAUGAUACACAACACAGCUUUUUUCCUGACUGACUCACAUUCAGAUUCAGCAGCUCUGAACUCUUAAUUUUUCACACACACACACACACACACACACACACACAACGGCUACUGGUAGCUUUUUUUUUUUUUUAAUCAUUAUAAAAUUUUAUUCUGACUUUUAUUUAGAAUAUUUUGAUGUUUUUAUUAAUCGUUUAACAUCUUUGUCGUCUUAACGGCCUCUGCGCCUUUUCCUUUUCCACAAAAAGGGUACUGUUGUUUUUUUUUUUUUAAUUUAAUUUUAAUUGUAAUUUUAUUUCCCUUUCUUGUUUUAUUUUUUUUUUAGGUUGUUUUAGCACACAGGGCGUGUGAUUUUAACACGUACUAAUACAAGAGGACCACUGUUCGUUCUCAGAGCUGCUGUCGGAUUUAAUUCAUAACACCUUACUAUUUUUUUCAUUUCUUUUAUAUAUGAUUUGUAAUUUUUUUUUAUUGUUAUUGUUAUUGUUAUUAUUAUUAUUAUUCGGCGAAUCGCAGCGGGUUAACUUUCUGUUUCUUUGUAGAAAAGAAAAUACUGAGAAAAAAAAAAAAAAUCAAGAGAUACGUACAACAGUGACACUAAACACACGCCACGACGGAGCUUCGCACGUAAAGGCGUGCGCCGAUAUUCGAUUUCUUUUUAUAUCGCGAUAAUAGUUUUAUCACAAUGUUAUAUCAGUGUUGUCUGUAAGAAUUCAAAAAAUAAAUAAAUAAAACAAACAAA